AUGAGGCCGCCCUCAUUCCACGCCCCGACAACCACCUCGGCGCUCCUCCUCCUCCUCUCAACAGCACUAACGCCCGCCCACGCGCUUACCGCCACGGCCAUAACGCAACCGACGCUCAACCUCGACGGUCUCGGUCGCGUCGGCAUCGCCGGGGACUUCAGCGGGCUCUCGAUCGUCGAGUACGCCGGGCAGUCUGAGACCUCGCCCUUCGCCAAUGGCACGCAGAGCCUGCUAUCGCGGCUGCCCAACGGCGUGUUCACGACGCUCGUGUCAUCGGACGCGCAGAUCCAGGCGCUGUGCGUGCACGAGCUUGCCGACGGCACCGUGAAGGGCAUCUUUGUGGGCGGCAACUUUACGGGGCUGGGGAAUGUUGCGGCGAGCGGCGUGGCGCUGUGGAGUCCGGGGGAUGGGAGUGUGACGCCGCUGGCGGGGCUGGCGGGGAAGGUGCAUGCGCUGCUGUGCGAUCGGGAGAAGGGCACUGUGUAUGUCGGGGGGGACUUUAAGGCGAAUGAGAGUAAUAGUAGUAAUGCGAUCUCGUGGGUGGAUGGGAAGGGGUGGACGGACCUGCCGUUUGAUGGGUUUAAUGGGCCCGUGAAGUCGAUCACGGCGACGGCGAAUGGGACGGUGGUGUUUGGCGGGAGCUUUACGAGCUUGGGGAAUGCGUCGAGUCCGUUGGUGAGGCAUGCGCAGACGGUUAAUUUGGUGUCGACGAAUAUCACGGCGACGCAGACGACGGAUUUGGCGGGGUUUAGUGAUCCCUCGAGUAUUGUGUGCUCGGAGGGUACGAGUAAUCAGUGGUUGACGAGGGAUGGGCAGCUGGGGUCUUGGACGGCUGGGUUCAAGUUUGAAUUCAAGCCAACAAAGUUGAAGCUGAGGAAUGCCGACCAUGAGGGCCGGGGAACCAAGAUAUUUAGGUUCACUGCAUUCCCACUAGCUGGUAUCAUGAAUCUCACAUAUACCGACUCUUCCACCAACGAGACGAAAUUCUGUGAUGCGUGGUGUGAAUUGGGCGAAGGGGCCACCCAGGAAUAUCUAUUCGUAAAUGAUGUCAAUAUGAAUGCAAUUCGAAUCGAUAUCUUCGAGUACUAUGGUGCUGGAGGAGGUCUUGCUGGAAUUGAGCUAUUUCAGGACGACAUCUUCGCGUUUGCAUCGACUGAGCUAAAUGAGCCAACAUGCGCUUCAAGUUCUGCUGAUGCCAGGUCAACCUCCACUGCCACAGGUCCAUGGACGGCGAUUGAUAACGACGCAGUUGAUUCUGAAUACUUAUCAGUAAAUCUCGACGCAACUGAGCUUUCGACAGCAAGGGUGGUCUUCGAACCCCAUAUUCAACAGCCUGGAGAGUACAGUGUGCUUUUGUUUACCCCGGGAUGCCGGCAAGAUAACAGCUGUAGCACCCGUGGACAGAUCAAUGUAACCGGCACCUAUACAUCAGAUGGGACUGCCGAAAGUCCUGUGAUUUUGUUUCAAACGAACGACUAUGACAAAUACGAUACUGUGUAUCGGGGCAGAGUUGAUGCCUCUGAGAGCGGCUUCCGACCGAGUGUUACGCUCACCCCAGCCUCGUCUCAGUCUUUUUCGACGGUGAAUAUUGUAGCCCAAAAGGUCCAAUUCCAGUUGUGGAACAACACGACGAGCAGUGGCAGUGGUGCCGCUAGCACUGAGAGUACGGGGACAACGGAUCUGAACGGGCUUUACGAGUUUGAUCCCACACAGACUGGCACGCCCACCGCGUCGGAUAUUGCAAGCUCUGUUGUCAACUCUGCUGGACGCGGCCUGGGUCCUAGCGCUACGGUCAUUGCCAUGACUGCGAAAGACGAUAUCACUUAUGUCGCGGGUAAUUUCAGCGCAGAUGAUGGAAGCUUCUUGCACUUCUUCUCGAUUGGCCCUGAUGGGCCCAUCACACCAUCCAAGGGGGGAUUGAACGGCACCGUUUAUUCCAUGCUUCUUGCAGGUGAUAUUUUAUACGUCGGUGGGAACUUUCAAAAUACCAACACCGAGUCAACCGACGGUGUUGGUUUCGUUGCGGGCUAUGAUACCACUAACAACGAGUGGGUGACCCUAGGCGCCGGCGUGAAUGGCCGUGUCAUGGAUAUCGUAGCGCUCAGUGUGAACGUGAGCUCUGGGACACAAGAAGCCAUCGCCAUCAGUGGUGAUUUUAGCAGGAUUGAAGCAAGCGGGAGCUCUGCUGCUCUGGACGUCGACGGCUUUGCUGUUUGGGUGCCUUCUCAGAAUCAGUGGUUGGAAUUGAUGGACGGAGACAGAAUUGCUAUUCAGGGGGCUCUGUCUGCCUCUGUUUCAAUUCCUAACGAUGGCGUCUUGUAUGCUGGGUCCAUCUCCUCGCAGAGCCUGGAAGCAUUCGGGGCCGUUACCAUCUCCGACACAGAUCCAAACACGCUCCAGCCGCUCCCAAUGAUAAUUCAGGAAACAUCGAGCUCCAGUCUAAAACGGCGUACAGUGGUCUCUGCAGAUUACCAGGGCGUAGUUACAGGUGCUUUCUAUAAUGAAGGGAGUGUAAAUCUGACGAUCCUGGGAGGUCAUUUUACUGCAGAGGCAACAGCUGGUGGUACGGUUAACAACCUGGCGGUUAUCAAUGGUGUAUCCAAUGAUUCGGUGACUGGAUUCGGAACUGAAAUCAACAACUCGAGCAUAGUCAUGACGCUUGCGAAGGUUGACACUCUUCUCUUUGUUGGCGGCUCGAUAGAGGGCACCGUUGGUUCUACUGAUGUUAAGGGGGUGGUCGUUUGGGAUAUGUCUACCAAUGCGCUUGCCAGUGAACAGCCCGUUGGCCUGGAAGGCGAUGCCGUUGCGGUAUACUCAAUCAAUAGGCGUCCAAAUACCCAGGAGAUCUUUGUUGGCGGAGCUUUCAGCUCAGCUGGCUCUCUCCCUUGCCCUAGCUUGUGCGUCUUCGACAAUUCUGCCAAACAAUGGACCAAUAUUGGCGGCGAUGUGAAUGGUACUGUUAAUAUUAUACUUUGGCUGGAUAACGAUAGCCUCCUUGUUGGGGGCGACAUGACGCUUAAUAACACCGCUACUUAUCUGGCGGUUUAUAGUGCAAAAUCGAGCACCUGGGAGUCCUUUACGGGUGAUAUUUCGAAUAUCCCCGGACCGGUGCAGAAUAUUGCGUUUGACUCGUCAGCGAAGGAUUCGUUCUUUAUCUCAGGAGUUACGGCAUCGGAUGGAUCUGCAUACUUGAUGAAAUAUGGUAACAAUAACGAUAACAAAUUUAUUACCGUGGAUGGAUUGGGUGAUGGCUCAACGAUCAGAAAUGUCCAAGUUCUCGAACUCAGCACAGAACAUGCCAGCACCGACUCCCUAAGUUCAAGCAAGUCACUUCUCGUCAUGGGAUCGCUGGAUCUUCCAUCUUUCGGAAAUGCCUCUGCAGCCCUAUACAACGGCAGCAACUGGACGCCAUUCCUUUUGGCCUCCAAGGAGAAUGGUGAACGAGGUUCCGUGACAUCUCUAUUUUCGGAGAAUGAACAAAACUUCAAUUCUGGUCGCAAAAAACUCGCAAGGGGAUUCGUAAUCCUAAUAUCACUAGCGAUCGCGCUAGGCCUUGUGUUCUUGAUAGUUGUUUUGGGUGUUCUGUCAUCUUACCUUAGACGACGACGAGAGGGAUACUCACCCGCACCCACACGGGCAUCGCCAGUAGAACAAUCGAUGCAGAUGCAAUCGAGGCUUUCACCAGCUGCCCUGUUUGGUAGUAUUGGACAGCAUUCAGCAGGCUCGCCAGGAUCAAGACCAAUGUUGACGUAG